AUGGGGAGCACCAGACGCAGAAUCCCAGGGACUGCUUGCACUGUCUUUGCAGGAAGGCGUGGAUUAGAACUUUCAAGUCCUGUAAAAGUUUUUGGGCACAAGAUAACUGUCCCAAAUCGCAAUUUGGGUUGCAUGCAAUCGGCGUCUACUGAUUUGGAUUUGGGCCUUGGACAGUGGAGCAGAGAAGAUGUGGUCCAUGCAGAAGAUGGUCGUGAGCUUGGUCUUUGGAUCAGCUUUCUGGUUGCUACUUUAGACAUGUCAUCUUUAUGUCUCAGUUUUUAA